AUGCUAAGUUUUCGACAGGCUGCUCUCAGAUCUGGUUCUACAACCGCCAUCACUAUUUCACCCACACUAAGAUCCAGUCAUACUCUACGACCGCUUAUGAGAACCGAUACUUUCAUUUUAAAUCCUCUAGCUCUUGGUACGUAUUCACAGAUUCACAUGCUCCAAUCCCCAAGGCACAAGUGGUUUCCGAGCAGUUCAACUUACCUUGAUUGGAAAGAUGUUCCAUCAGGAGGGACGAAGCAUGGAUGCGGAGUUCCUGUUCACUUUUGGAACAACCCUACAUUUACCGAGAUCAGUGAAGCAUUAGGAACAGUCACAAACAUUGAGGCAAGAAAAGCUAGAUUUCAAGUCUCGAUCAACGCCUAUGCUCCUUUACAGUUUGAACGAAAGAGUGGGCUUUUCAAAUGGAGAUACCGGGAGCGUCAAGCUGACCUACAAAGAUUUACAAAGAUAUUGCUUCACUUAGAAGAGGAUCUCAGGAGACCAAGGGAGAACAGAUACAACACAACUCAGAACCAGACUUGGCGACCAAAACAAAAGGAAGAAACAAGGUAUCGACAGCUGGAUACUCCUAACUCUAGAGUAUCAGAUAAGAACAGGGGUUCCGUGGACACCAGAGCAUAUUGCCAAAGAACGGUGACGGAUAUACCAAACAACAAAGUGGAGAUUGGCACCAAGGCGAAUGAUCUUCUGAUUACCUACCCUCGCGACACUGAACCUGAAACAAUCGGGAAGACGAAAGGAAAAGCUCUAGCGGUGGAACUUUCCAAAUCAGAAAAGCUCCAGCAGUUCUUGCAACAGAAUCCCCAGCCUGGAAACCUUACUAUUCGAGAACAGUCUAACCCGAUAGUUCCACCGGUUUCAAAGAGCUUUGACAGCCCCAACACAGAACAAAAUCCCAUUGAAAAGAAUAUUGCUGUUACGCCGAUAGCUGAUGAUCUGAUGGAGGAACCAGAGGAAGGAGAACUCACUCAGGCUGAGAUAAACAACAUGAUCAACGAGCUAGCGGAUUCUGUUCUAGAUGAAAAAAUGCUGGAAAAUGACGACUUACUAGGGGAAGAACUGGGAGAGGAAAUGGGAUCUGAUGAUGAUUUGAUAGAAACUCUCUCUUAG